AUGUUGAACAUGACUAGCAACAUAGCUGUUGUAAUUGGGCUCUUAAUCUCCCUAAUCCUCUAUUCACCAUCUAUGGUUGUCUAUUGCAAAUUACUGGAUAGAUUCUAUCUUCCAUCAUCAUUAACAGGCCCUGAGUCCCUAGCAUUUGAUUCCAUUGGUGGAGGACCUUAUACUGGUGUUUCUGAUGGAAGAAUUCUAAAAUAUGAUGAAGAAUGUUCUUGUUUCCUUGAAUUUGCUCACAUUUCACCAGACAGGAACAAUACACUGUGUGGUGGCAUUUCUGACUUCUCAGAACUCCAAGAAACGUGUGGGAGGCCUAUGGGGUUGAGUUUCGAUUACAACACAAGGGAAUUAUAUAUAGCUGAUGCUUAUUAUGGGCUUGUGAAGGUUCCUUUUGAUGGAGGUGCUGCAACACAACUUGUUGCUAAUGGUAUGCUAGGCAACCCUUUUGGUUUUCUUGCUGGUGUGGAUGUAGAUCCUCAAACUGGAAUUGUUUAUUUCACGGAAGCUAGCUCUCAGUACAAGAUCAGGGAUCUCGAUAAACUGCUAAAUAGCACGGAUUAUUCGGGAAACCUAUUCAGAUACGAUCCAACAACAAAUAAAACCACAGUGUUGCUCAGCUAUCUAACUGUGGCAGCUGGGGUAGCAGUUAGCAACAAUGGUUCAUUUGUCCUUGUUAGCGAGUAUAUGGCAAACAGAAUUCGGAGAGUCUGGCUAACAGGACCUAAUGCAUAUACUUCAGAGAUAUUCUUGCACCUUCCGGGAAGACCAGAUAGCAUCAGAAGGAACUCAAGGAACGAAUUUUGGGUGGCAGUGAAUUAUCCUUUUGGGUCACCACCACCACCAGUACCUCCUGUUUUGCCUCUAGGACUAAGAAUCAACGAGGAAGGUUUAAUUUUAGAGGCUGUUCCUCUUGUUGAGGAGUUCAGUACUGAAUCGGUCAGUGAAAUUCAAGAAGCUGAGGGAAAACUCUAUGCUACAUCGUUGCGCGAGUCCUAUGUUAACAUUCUCAAUCUCUAA